GGGGUGCGGCGGGCCGGCAGGGGCGGCCGAGCGGGCGGUGGGCAUGACGGGGGCGCGUUGGGCGCUGGCCGCGCUGCUGCUGGCGGCGUCCGUGCUGAGCGCUGCGUUGCUGGCCCCCGGCGGCACAGCGGAGCGCGACGCCCAGGGCUUGCCGCCACGAGACUUAGACAAAAAAAGACAUGUGGAUCUGAAGAUGGAUCAAGCUUUGCUACUCAUCCAUAAUGAACUUCUUGGGACCAACCUGACUCUCUACUGGAAAUCUGAAUCCUGUUAUCACUGCUUGUUUCAGGUUCUGGUAAACAUUCCUCAGAGUCCAAAAGCGGGGAAGCCUAGCAUUGCAGCCACCCCUGUCAGCACCCAGCAUGGAUCCAUUCUACAGCUGAACAACACCUUGGAAGAGAAAGAAGUUUGUAGGUUGGAAUACAAAUUUGGAGAAUUUGGGAACUAUUCUCUCUUGGUAAAGUACAUCCAUAAUGGAGUUAGUGAAAUUGCCUGUGACCUGGCUGUGAACGAGGAUCCAGUUGACAGUAACCUUCCUGUGAGCAUUGCAUUCCUUAUUGGUCUCGCUCUCAUCAUUGUGAUAUCCUUUCUGAGGCUCUUGUUGAGAUACAACAAUAUUGAAAUUAGGCCAAUUAAUUACCCUACAGUGGCUUCUAAUUUGGAUGACUUUAAUAAUUGGAUUUCUAAGGCCAUAAGUUCUCGAGAAACUGAUCGCCUCAUCAAUUCUGAGCUGGGAUCUCCUAGCAGGACAGACCCUCUUGAUGGUGAUGUCCAGCCAGCAGUGUGGCGUCCGUCUGCCCCGCCGCUCCGCCUCCGCAGCGUGGACACCUUCAGAGGGAUUGCUCUCAUACUCAUGGUUUUCGUCAAUUAUGGAGGAGGAAAAUAUUGGUAUUUCAAACACGCAAGUUGGAAUGGGCUGACGGUGGCUGACCUCGUGUUCCCAUGGUUUGUAUUUAUUAUGGGAACUUCUAUUUUUCUAUCAAUGACUUCUAUACUGCAACGGGGAUGUUCAAAAUUCAGAUUGCUGGGGAAGAUUGCAUGGAGGAGUUUCCUAUUAAUCUGCGUAGGAAUUAUCAUUGUGAAUCCCAAUUAUUGCCUUGGUCCAUUGUCCUGGGACAAGGUGCGCAUUCCUGGUGUGCUGCAGCGCUUGGGAGUUACUUACUUUGUGGUCGCUGUGUUGGAGCUCCUCUUUGCUAAACCCGUGCCUGAACAUUGUGCUUUGGAGAGGAGCUGCCUUUCUCUUCGAGACAUCACGUCCAGCUGGCCCCAGUGGCUGCUCAUCCUGGCGCUGGAAGGCCUGUGGCUGGGCUUGACAUUCCUCCUGCCAGUCCCUGGGUGCCCUACUGGUUAUCUUGGUCCUGGGGGCAUUGGAGAUUUUGGCAAUUAUCCAAACUGUACUGGAGGAGCUGCGGGCUACAUCGACCGCCUGCUGCUGGGAGAUGAUCACCUUUACCAGCACCCGUCUUCUGCUGUGCUUUACCACACUGAGGUGGCCUAUGACCCCGAGGGCAUCCUGGGCACCAUCAACUCCAUCCUGAUGGCCUUUUUAGGAGUUCAGGCAGGAAAAAUAUUAUUGUAUUACAAGGCUCGGACCAAAGACAUCCUCAUUCGAUUUACUGCUUGGUGUUGUAUUCUUGGGCUCAUUUCUGUUGCUCUGACGAAAGUUUCUGAAAAUGAAGGCUUUAUUCCAGUAAACAAAAAUCUCUGGUCCCUUUCAUAUGUCACCACGCUCAGUUCCUUUGCCUUCUUCAUCCUGCUGGUUCUGUACCCGGUUGUUGAUGUGAAGGGGCUGUGGACAGGAGCCCCGUUCUUUUAUCCAGGAAUGAAUUCUAUUCUGGUGUAUGUUGGCCAUGAAGUGUUUGAGAACUACUUCCCCUUUCAGUGGAAGCUGGAGGACAACCAGUCCCACAGGGAGCACCUGACUCAGAACAUUGUUGCCACUGCCCUCUGGGUGCUCAUUGCCUACAUCCUCUAUAGAAAGAAGAUUUUUUGGAAAAUCUGAUGGCUCCCGCUGACACGUGCUACUGGAGGACUCUAGUGGGCCUGCAGGGAGGACUGAAGCAGGCUUUGUUAAAGGGAAGCAUUCAUUAGGAAAUUGACUGGCUGUGUGUUUACAGAAUAUGGGGGAAGACGCUGAUGUCCUCAACUGGUUAACUGUGACACAGCUCUCCAGGACUCUGCCUGUGUAUUUGUGACUUACAGAUUUGAAAUGUAAUUGUGUUUUCCUCCCUCUUCUGUGGAAAUGAAUGUAUUUGGACCUUCAUUCCAAGGAGAUUGGCUUUAACUCUCCAAAAGGGAAUUGCCGUGGGUGUUUUUCUUCCGUGUUGGAUGAAACAAUCCGAGAUCUGCUUCUUGCUGACCUUAUUUCCCUGCAAACUUCCUUUCCACACACAUGCACAUACCAACGCGAAAUGCCAUCACUCCUACUACGGCUGCUAUGAAGCUUACUGGAUGUGAUGUGUCAUAACUUAGUCUAUUUUUUUGAUUCAAUGCAGUUUAAUGUUUCCAGAAAGCCAAAGUAAUUUUCUUUUCAGAUAUGCAAGGCUUUGGUGGGUCCAAAAAAUGUCUAUCACAAGCCAUUUUUUCUUAUCCUCUCUCGGAAAGUUAAAAUAUAGAUGUGUGAUUCCCAACCCCUCUUGCCUAUCUGUCUGUCUGUCUGUCCAUCCAUCUGCCUUCUUUCCUCCCUGUCUCCCUGUCCAUCUGGAUGGCAUCCACGGGCCAUGGGAGUGGCUGUGGGGAGGGCAGGCACUGCCCAUGCUGUGGGUCCAGCUGAGCCGUCCCUGCUGUGUGAGGUGCUGGGCGAGACCCUUGGCCAGCCCGGGCCUUGGCAUCCUCAUCUGUGAAGUCAGAGGGUGGGGAUGACUCUCAGUUUCCUUCCAGCUCUUAGACAUGAUGAGGUGACAGACAUUGAUAGCUUUUCUGAAAUCUUCAGAAAAAAAGUUUUAUUACCGAAAACUCUUCAAAAUAAAUGAUAAUGAAAACUUUCAAAAACUCUCAUUGGAGUAAGUCUUUUCAAGAUGACCCUCCACAAUGGAGGUGGCGUUCCUGCUUGUCAUCAUAUAGCCAAAGACGUUGUUUCUUAGGCGUGAAACCGGGGACACAGAGACACACAGCACUGUUGGUGGGAGGCGUCGUCACCCUCCUGAGUGUUCUGUAGGGAUGUCCUCGGUGAGGAACAUGUGGUCACAGGGUUGUGCUUUACCCACCCUUCCCUGGUGAGAUGGGCCUUAGCCUGUGCCGCUGCUUUCAACCUUGUCUCUGCACAACAGCCUUCUGUCUGUUUCUGGCUCUGCCCUAGGCCCUGAACUCUCAUCCAGCUUGUACCUGUCUGCUUGUACCUGGCCCCUCCACCUGGAGGCCAGCCCUCGUCUCAGCCUCAGCCUUACCCUCCUCUCCUCAAACACGAAGUGUUUCCUCUUAGGUUUCCCUGGCUUUGUGAAUGGAUCACGUGUCUCUAGGUAUAAACCUGUUGUCAUCUUUCUGCCCGCCUCACCUCCGACAGAUCUCCCCAGUACUGUCUCCAUCUUCCACCUGCAGCUACUCCGUUCUCAUUGUCACUGCCACAUCACUCAAGUCCAGACCCUUGUCAUCAUUUUCAAACCAGCCUCCUUCCCUUGUCCCCGCCUUCUUAAAGCCACCUGUCCAUUGCCACCAGAUUAAGCUUUCUCCAGCCAGAUCACCUCUCUUUGAGAAAUCUCCAUUGAAAUGGAAACACCUUCGCCUGGCACACAUACUCACCUCUUUAUCCCCACGUAUCUUUCCCCCUCCCCCUCCCCCUCCCCCUCCCCCUCCCCUCCCCUCCUUCCCCUUCUAAAUUCAGCCCAGUGGGGCUUCUCCUGCCUCCAUCACAUCACAGAAGUACCUCCUGCUUCUGGUUUCAAUUAGAGCCUUCCUGGAUUGCCUUUUCCUCUGAACUUUUUCCUAUCUACAAUUUGAUCUAUUGUUUUUAAACCCCUUACUUCUGAGGUACCUUCUCUAAUCUCUUAUUCUCAUCCCCAAAUAGUGUUUUCUUCCUCUGGGUUCUUGUAAUGUUAACAAUCUCACAGCAUUUAGUGCUUUUUGGCUGGUGUGACUUUUACUUGUGUGCAUGUGCAAUUUCUAAUUUCCCACGCUAGACUGUGAGCUUCCUAAGGCAAGAAUCAUGCCGUGUUUGUUUGUGUAUUCCUCAUGGCGCCAAACAGUGCCUUGUACAUUGAAGGCGCUAAAUAAACAUUUUUAAAGCAAAGUGAUGUGGAUUUUUAAAAUAAAUAUUUAAGUGCUGUAAGAUGA